CAACGACACAGCACUUGUGUUAUACAUGCGCUCGGUUCACAUUCUUGUACUUCAGAUGAACUUGCAGUGGAGAGAGUUUAACAACCAUCAACAUAUCUAUCCGACAUACAUGUAUCGCAACUUUCAGUUUGAAAGUGAAUGGGAACAGUUUUAGGAGCAACAGAGUGUAAAAUACAGAUGGACUCGUUUGUAAUGAAAGUGCACUUAACACAGAUUACGCUGAAAUUGUUCUUUUGAAUAGUCCUGCAUCCGCGUCUCGUAUGUUCUGAACAUCCACUGCUGAAGUUACGGAGUGAGAGAAUCAAAUGACCAUUUGUGGAUGUGUUCAGUGGCUGCUGUUUUAACCGGUUCAAGGACUUGGCGUUCUCCAGAGAAGGGAAGUCAAACAGGUGGCAUUAUUUUUUAUUUUUUGUAGGUAACAGACAGAAGUCUCAUGAUUAUUGAAGGCUUAUUUGCCCUGUGAGACAUUGUGCCAUCGGCACUAUCGGGAAAAUGACUUCCAUUAAAUGUGUCCUGGUCGGCGACACCGCGGUUGGAAAGACUGCCCUGUUGGUGCGAUUCACCAGCGAGACCUUUCCAGAUUUAUACAAGCCAACGGUGUAUGAGAACACAGGUGUGGAAGUCUUCAUGGACGGAAUACAGAUCAGUUUGGGACUGUGGGACACCGCAGGGAAUGACGCCUUUAAAGGAAUCCGUCCGCUGUCAUUUCAGCAGGCUGAUGUGGUUCUGGUUUGCUACGCUGUGACCAACCAUACCUCAUUUGUGAACAUUCGCCACAAGUGGAUCAAUGAGGUCAGGAGCUACCUGCCCCAAACUCCAGUGCUGGUGGUGGCUACCCAGACAGACCAGCGGGAAAUGGGACCAAACCGCUCCUCCUGCAUCACCCCCGUUGAUGGCAAGAGACUGGCUCAUGAUAUCAAAGCAAAGGGCUACUUGGAGUGCUCCGCACUCAGCAACAGAGGAGUGCAGCAGGUUUUUGAAUGUGCCGUUCGCACUGCAAUCAACCAAGGGAAAAAACAGACCAGAAGAAAGCUUUUUGACAUAAAUCAGUGUACAAUAUUUUAAAGUUCCCUGUUUGUUUCAGCUCCUGGAAAUACUAAAGAUAUUUUCACUUCUAUUGUUGACUGAUUAACUGUGAGAUCUGGAAAUGUAUACACAGAUACAGACUGUUCUGGAACAUCAUUGUUUUUUUGCUGUAACAACGUCAGUGAUUAAGAGCAGCUCAGGUAAUGAAUGCUAUGGACAGUCAGCAUUUGGUUCUAUAAUGUAUUAAUCAAACUUGUAUCUUCUGUUGAGUAUUAACAACUUCUUAUACUGCUCACGUCUCCAUCAUUUCUUGAACAUAAAACAUUGUUGUAACUUUAUACACACCUUGUCACUCACAUGGUGUUACCAUGCCUGCCAAUGCAGACGGAUUGUUUACAUUACAAAUGUAAAGCUUCAAAUGACGAUAUGGACAUUUUACACCAUGUUUUAUGUACCUUGUUAGAAAUAUUGUUAAUAGCAAUAACAUCACUAAUGUGAGUAUGUGUGAUAUAUUACAAUUUACAGCUAAUUAAACACAUUUACAAGAUGA